GUUUAUGAGAAUAUUCUCUUCUUCUCCCUUUAUCCAGAAAUGACAGUUUUGUCUCUGAAUUGUUUCAAUUCAUUCCUCCUUCCUCCUCUUUCUUCUUCUCAAAUUCUCGAUCAAGUUUCGAGCUUUACUGUUGAUUCUCCCUCCAACCAUGGUUUCAUCAACAGGGGUUUUGAUAAUCGGAAAAAGAGGACUGCCCGGUUCGUGGUGUUGUCCACUCACUCCAACCCCAAGAUUCUCAAGUAUAAUAAGAAAUCACCAUACGGCCGAACUUUGUCGCCGUACAACAGUGAUGAAGAUGAGGAGGAGGAAGAAGAAAAAAAAUUCGAUGACGAUGAAGAAGAUGACUUCCCGCUUGACGAUUGGUUGAUGAAUGAUGACUUUGCAGAAAUUUCAGAGUAUAAUGUUAAUGGAAAGAGAUUUAAAUCACAAAAGGCCAACAAAGAAGGCAGUCAAAGACGACGUGGAAAACACCAAGGCUCUAACACAUUGAAAUCCAGAAAAGGUCUUGUUACUGCUGAAGAUCAAAAUGAUGCUCGAAAGAAGAGUAAUGCAAGAAAUUAUCAUUCUUCUUACAAAAUGAAUGAAGUUGGAUCCUUGGGUAUAAAUGAAAGAGGAAAGCUAGGCACAAGGACAUCUACACUGAAAGAGAAUAAGUACGAAAGGCUCUCAGAUGAAAUAGUUUUGGACAAGAGGUGGAUGCCUCUUCUUGACUAUCUAAGCACAUUUGGGCUCAAAGAUUCACAUUUCAUCCAAAUAUAUGAGAGGCACAUGCCAUCCCUUCAAAUCAAUGUGUGUUCUGCACAAGAAAGGUUGGAGUAUUUGUUGAGUGUCGGAGUAAAGCAGAGAGAUAUCAGAAGAAUACUUUUAAGGCAGCCACAAAUUCUUGAGUACACAGUGGAGAACAAUUUGAAAUCCCAUGUUGCUUUUCUAAAGGACUUGGGUAUUCCAAAUUCCAGAGUAGGGCAGAUAAUUGCUGCUGCUCCUUCCUUUUUCUCCUAUAGUGUUGAAAAUUCAUUGAAACCCACAGUUAGGUACUUGAUUGAGGAGGUUGGCAUAAAGGAAAAGGAUUUAGGUAAAGUUGUGCAGUUAAGUCCUCAGAUCUUAGUUCAGCGGAUAGACAUAUCAUGGAAUACCCGGUAUUUGUUUCUUUCUGAGGAGUUGGGAGCACCAAGAGAUAGUGUAGUGAAGAUGGUCACAAAACAUCCCCAAUUCCUUCAUUACAGCAUUGAUGAUGGAUUGUUGCCCAGGAUCAAUUUCCUAAGGAGCAUUGGAAUGCGUAAUUCUGACAUCUUAAAAGUCUUGACUAGCCUUACACAGGUAUUAUCUCUGUCGCUGGAGGAAAAUCUAAAGCCUAAGUAUUUGUACUUGAUUAAUGAACUUAACAAUGAGGUGCAUUCCUUGACAAAAUAUCCUAUGUACUUAACCUUAUCAUUGGACCAGAGAAUUCGACCUCGCCAUCGCUUCUUGGUUUCCCUAAAGAAAGCUCCAAAGGGGCCAUUUCCUCUGAGUUCAUUUGUUCCAACCGAUGAAUGCUUUUGUCAGCAGUGGGCUGGGACUACUGUAGAUAAAUAUUUAGCAUUUCGUGAAAGAUUAUUGCUCAAGGGUUUUGCAAAGAAAUAUGAAAAACAGGGAUAAUCUGCUGCUUUAAAGUUUUCCUUUAUUUUUGCACAACACAAGAAGUAGUAGGCUGGUCUCUCCACUGUCUAAUAUGCUAGUUUUGCUAAAAUAUGACAAGUUUUGGAAGGAAACUUGUAUUACAAGCCUCUAGCAAGCUAGUUAUCCGUGCCUAAAAUUUUAAAUGGAGUGGUGAGUCUGGUGACUUUGUUUCUCAUAUUGGUACCAUAUGGGAGUGGCUUUAUGGCAUGUUAUACUUGAUACAGUGGGAAUAUUUGAUUUUUCCACUCUCUGUGAAAGGAAUGUGGAUUGCUAACUGCUGGUGGCUGGAAUGACUUGAGGAAGUGAAGAACAGGAUGAUGAUCCCAUUUGCUAUUCAGAGGAGAAUUCUGAGAAAGCAAGUUACUUGGUGUUUCUGCACUAGGUGCAUUUUUGUUUCAGUUACUUGAUGGGCUCUGUAUAUCUUUCAGCUCACUAAUCUUUGUUGUAAAGCAUUAUCUGUUCUUUUGAUUUCUUUCUUGUACAAAAUCUUGUCAGACAUUAUUUUUUUUUGUUCUUCCCCAUGGUAUACCCUCCCCAUUCAACUUUU